AUGAUUGUGUUUUUCAUCAUAGAUGUGAUCACACUGAGCUUCAUCCGCAAUCACUGGCACCACCUUGACAUCAUCAUCACCAUCAUGGCAGCAGAACUUCUCCAGGCCACUGGGGGCAGACUGGAGCAGAUGGAGCAGCAGAUGAUGCAGAUGACCUCCUCCUCCUCCUCCUCCUCCUCCACUCUCACCUCCUCCACAAGAUCCAAGCUGAGAAAAGUGUCCCAGGAGCACUCGGGGGCUCAGCGUAAGACCUCGGCUGCGGCAGAGUCAUUCAGCCAGGUGCAGAAAUCCACCCACAUCCCCAAGGGAGAGUCUGUCCCAGAUUUCGAGGAGAAGCUGCGGCCCAUCACUGCCCAAGAGGGGGACAGUGCCAUGUUCAGGGCCAAAGUGACGGGGAGUCCUCAGCCCAGUGUGACCUGGGAGCGAGCCAGCGGGAGUCCCCUGUCUGACGGGACGAAAUCUUUCUGUGACAACAUCAACAAUCAGUAUUUACUCAAGAUCAAAAACUUGGCCCUGGAGGAUGCUGACGUCUACAGGUGCGUCGCAUCCAACGAGCACGGAGAAGCCAUUUACUCCGCAUCCCUCAUCGUUGCAGAAAAUCCAGCGUUGGAUUUCAAAAAGAUGCUGAAGAAACGCAGUGAGAAGAAGAGACAGGAGAAGAAGCCGCCCACAGAGGAGGAGAUGUUAAAGAUCCUGGCUGGAGCUGACAAGAAGGACUACGAGCGGAUCUGCGCCGAGUACGGCUUCACCGACUUCAGAGGCAUUCUUAAGAAGCUGAAGGAGAUGAAGAAGAAAGACGAGGUGGAGAUGGUGCGCGUGUUAAAGCCCCUGGAGGACGUCACCGCCAAACCUGACACCAACGUCGUCUUUGACACCAUCUUGGAGCUGAAGGAUCCAAACAUGAGGAUGCUGUGGUUUCUGGGCACGGAGCUGCUGCGGAUCCAGUACUCUCAUGGGAAAUACGAAGUGAAACAGAUGGGUACCAAGCACAUGCUGUGCAUUUCCAGCGUGGGCCUCAGUGACAUGGGCACCUACACGCUGCAGGUCGGAGACAAGACGCUGUCGGCCCGGCUUAACGUCAUAGAUGAGCCUCUGAAAUUUAUGUCCGACUUCAAACCAAUGAACGUGACGGAGCGGCAGACUGCCGUGUUUGAGGUCCGUCUCUCCAAGAAGACGGAUGCACCGCUCAUCUGGACGGUAAAAGAAAAGGAAGUAAAAAGAGAUGAAAAGUUUGAAGUGUCCUUGUCUGAGGACGGUCUGACCUACACCUUGAAGAUUAAGGACGUCAAAGUCAGCGACACAGGAGACUACACCAUCAGCAUUGGAGACCUCGCUGCCACCGUGCCGCUUUUUAUCGAACGGAUUCCCGUCAAGUUCUCCAGCUACUUGAAGAACGUCCGGGUGCAGGAGAGGGGCAAGGCCCACCUGGAGUGCAAGAUGAGCUCCAAGGACGUGCAUGUCCGCUGGCUGAAGGACGGCUGCGACAUCACAGCCAACCGCCGGUACAUCGUCCUGCGGGAGGGGAAAAGGGCAGAGGUCAUCAUCGAGGACUGCGAGCUGACGGACAGCGGCGAGUACUCUGUCGUCUGCACGCAGGACAACGACACGCAGGAAUAUGUCACCUCUGCCAAUUUAACCGUGGACGAGCGCUUUGCCUCGGUGAAGAGCGGUUUGUCAGAUGUUCAGUGUCCCACCGGGGCCCCCGUCGAGCUGUGUGUGGUCCUCGAUGAUGAGAAGGUGGACGGGGUGUGGCUGAAGGAUGGAGUGGAGAUCUCAGAGCUGAGCGGGGUUAAGGUGGUCAAACAAGGAGCCGUCCACAAGCUGCUCUUCUCUGGUGUGACUCAUGGCCACGAGGGCAAGUACACCUUCAGAGCCAAGGGGGCGGAGAGUGAGGCUGUGCUCACCAUUGCAGACCCUCCAGAGAUUGAUUCCUCUGUCCUGGACUUGUUGGGGGCGCAACCCGUGACCGUGAAGGCGGGUCAGACAGCCGCCAUUAAAAUCCCCUUCAGAGGCAAACCGCUGCCAAAGGUCACCUGGUACAGAGAUGGAGUGGAAGUCCUGGAGGAUGAGAGAACGAAGGUGGAGAGGACAGCAAACAGCACGUCCCUGCUGCUCAGCAGAUGUGCGCGUGAAGACAGCGGUGCAAUCAUGCUCCGUCUGAAGAGCGACUGCGGCACUGCUGUCGCCAACAUGUAUCUGAAUGUGAUUGACCGCCCAAAGCCUCCUCAAGGGAACGUGGAGUUCCUGGAGCUGUCAAGAAGGUGCAUCAGAAUGAGGUGGAAGGUUCCCCGGGACAAUGGGGGUAAGCAGGUGACCAGUUUUGUGAUCGAGCGACGAGUGGAAGGUAAGAAGUCGUGGGCAAGAGCUGGAGAGGUGGACAGCAGCACCACGGUGUUCACUGAUGACAAGGUGGAGGAGGGACGGCUGUACCAGUAUCGCAUCAGAGCCGUGAACGCCGAGGGAAUGAGUGAACCUCUGGAGACAGAGGAGGUGCGUGCCGGAGAGCCCAUAGAGCCUCCAGGCACAGCGUCCCAGCCUCAAGUUUCUAACGUCACGAAGAGCACCAUGACGGUGAGCUGGACUCCUCCGGCUCAUGACGGAGGAGCAGCAGUUGAGGGAUACAUCCUGGAGAGGAGGAAGAAAGGCAGCAACAUGUGGCUGCAGGUGAACAAGGAGCUGCUCACAGAUACUAAAUUCCUGGUGGACGGACUGGUGGACGAUGUUGAGUAUGAAUUCAGAGUCAUCAGUGUGAACAGGGCAGGAGCGGGUUGUCCCAGCACCGUCUCUAAUGCCGUACUUGCCAAAGACCCAAUACGUGCCCCCGGCCUGGUGAGGAACCUGUGCGUGACUGACUCCACAAACUCCUCCAUUUCUCUGAGGUGGACUCCUCCGGACGACGGAGACGAACCCUCGGGCUACAUUCUGGAGGUGCGUCCCGAAGAUGCUAAAGAGUGGACGAAAGCCACUAAGAUUCCCAUCGCUGGCACUGCCUUCACCGUCGGAGGACUUCAGGAGCGGAUGAAGUACCACUUGCGUAUCCGUGCUGUCAACGAAGGAGGGUUGGGAGAGACCAUCGAGCUGGUGGAAGGUGUAUUGGCCAUGCCUCCACCCGUGCCGCCCAGGUUUGACCUCCAGGGAAAGCUGAAGAACCAGAUGGUGGUCCGAGCUGGAACGACACUUUGCCUUCAGCUCAGCUUCACUGCCUCUCCUGCCCCGGUGGUAACGUGGCUCAAGGAUGGCGUCCUCACCGCAGGAAAGGAGGUCAUCACCAAGAGCAAGAGUAACUCCCAGUUCCUCAUUUCCUCCUCUCAGCGAUCUGACUCUGGUGUCUACCGUGUCUACCUGAAGAACGACUAUGGAGAGGCUCACUAUGAUGUUAAUGUGAGGAUUACAGACUAUCCUCAACCACCAAAGAACCUCCGCAUGGAGGAGGAGGUCCCGGGCACGGUGACCCUGCAGUGGGAUCACUCUGCAGACCUGUCUGACAACAACGAGGGAGCGCAUUAUGUCAUCCUCAAACGAGACUUCAGCAUCCCCUCCUGGUUCACUGUGGCCGAGCGUGUUUUCAGCAGCAAGUACACUGUCACCGGGUUGCUCCCCGGGAGGAAGUACUACUUCAGGGUCAUCGCACAAAACUCAAUUGGCGACAGCGACCCGUUGGACUCGAAAGAACCUCUUAUCAUUGCCAAAGAAAAGGAGUGCAUCAGCGGUCUCCGUUUGAGAGAGUAUGCCUCACGAUCACGUCAGGUGAAGCCCACUUUCCUGCUGCCACUCAAGGACCACGCUGUUCGCAGAGGGUACGACUGCACCAUGAGCUGUGCCUACCAGGGCUGGCCAACGCCACAGGCUUGCUGGUAUAAAGGGGAAUCAAAGAUCUCAGACUCCCCUCGGUUCUGGCACAGCACGGCCAACGGAGUUUGCACCCUGGUCAUUCCCACCUGUGGAGCCAAAGAUGGCGGAAGAUACACACUGGUGCUGGAGAACAGUCUGGGGACGACCAAGUGCUCCUGCAACCUGGUGAUCUUUGAUAAGGAUGACAUGGGUCUGCUGGAGAGCCUGACCCGCCAGGCAAACAAAGAGAAGCUUAUUUUCUGAGAAGUCUGCUUCUACUGUUACAAUGACACAUGCACUUUGAUUGAACUUGACUAA